AGAAAUAUUUUUGAAGGGCUUUUCCUGGAGACGAAGCAAACUCGCGAGUUCAAGUUGAUUCGAUUCUCUCCGGCCAAGAUCGAGUCGCGUCGUGGAAUCUGGUUUUCCGGCGAUGGAUGUGAUAAAGACGCAGCAGAUAUCGGCGAGGACGAUCGAGAAGGUGAUUGUUCACCCACUCGUAUUGCUCAGCAUCGUCGACCACUACAACCGCGUCGCCAAAGACACGCGCAAGCGCGUCGUCGGCGUCUUGCUCGGGACCAGCCACCGCGGCACCGUUGACGUCACCAACAGCUACGCAGUGCCCUUUGAGGAAGAUGACAAAGACCCAAGCAUUUGGUUCCUUGAUCACAACUACCAUGAGUCGAUGUUCCAUAUGUUCAAGAGAAUCAAUGCGAAGGAGCAUGUUGUGGGUUGGUACAGCACAGGUCCUAAACUUCGGGAGAAUGAUUUGGAUGUGCAUGCAUUGUUUAACAACUAUGUUCCGAACCCAGUGUUGGUCAUAAUUGAUGUCCAACCUAAAGAACUUGGGAUACCCACAAAAGCAUACUAUGCAGUUGAAGAGGUGAAGGAGAAUGCUACUCAGAAAAGCCAGAAAGUCUUCAUCCACGUCCCCACUGAAAUUGCUGCUCACGAAGUCGAGGAAAUUGGUGUUGAGCAUUUGCUCAGGGAUGUAAAAGACACAACUAUCAGCACCCUUGCAACCGAGGUCACCGCAAAACUUACUGCUUUGAAGGGGUUGGAUGCACGUCUUCGGGAGAUCAGGAGUUAUCUCGACCUUGUUAUCGAAGGAAAGCUCCCUCUAAACCAUGAGAUUUUAUACCAUCUCCAGGACAUAUUCAACUUGCUUCCCAACCUCAACGUGAACGAGUUGGUUAAGGCUUUUGCAGUGAAAACGAAUGAUAUGAUGCUGGUCAUCUACCUUUCUUCGCUCAUCCGAAGUGUAAUUGCUCUCCACAACUUGAUCAGCAACAAGUUGCUGAACAAGGAACAUGAAAAGGCCGAGGACUCGAAGCCUGUUGCCAUACCCGCAACAAGCGGGAGCUAAACAUCGUAUUUUUUUUUUUGCACUCGGGUGUUCUAAUCGGGGGAUAUGUCGGGUUACCGGUUACCUGUGACUUGCUCACUGUCCCCCCCCUCGGACAUGUUGUGUUGUUCAGAACAACAAAGACAAGAGUUGGGCAAACUAGACAGGAUAGGUUUUAUGUUCAUUUUGGCCAUCUUGUCUCUUCAAAGACGAUCAUUACUCUUUUGUUCUUUAUAAUUGUGCGCGCUUCGUCCUACCA